AUGACUCGACCUAGUCCCCUGCAGUUACCCCUAUUCCCUCAUGUAUUUAAUGUCAUUGGUAUUCCCAGGUCUCUGAGUCCCCACGCACUCCCAUAUGCCUCUGAGUGGAUUCAUACCGCAUUCGGACCCAUUGUCUUGCCUGCGCCGUUACAACUCAACGUCUUCCCUGCAAGACAGACGUUCUGGGAUCGCUACUGGUUAGGUAAUCAAGCUACUAGCCCCUUCCAACGUCUCUCCAGCGCUAGAAAUCGUAGGACACCCAUCCUAGGUAUUGUCACCGUUUAUAAGGAUGUCUCCAAAAACCCUGAGAGAACUUUACCAAGCCACGACAUAGACAGAUACCGCGAGAUGAGUCCAUAUUGCCUCGUCGAAACGAGAUACAAACAUAGCAAGACAAUGGGUCCGAAUGCGGUGGGAAUCCACUCAGAGGCAUAUGGGAGUGCGUGGGGACUCUGAACCUAGGAAUGCCAUUAACACCUAUAGGCC